AUGGAUCUCACUAAAGUCCUCGAAGCCACUGUUUCUCCAGGUAAAGUUGCUGUAUGAUUUGACUGAUCGGUUGUGACAGGGAAAAUUUGUGCGGAGUAAAGCACAUGGUCGUCAUUGCAUGAUAUGUUUCAAAUUUCGCUUACAUUUGAAUGUUAAUAUUGAUGUUUAUUAAAUCGUGUAGAUCAAAAUGAACUUCAAAGCGCUCAACGUUAUCUGGAAGAAGCUGCCCAAGGAAAUUUGGUAAGAAUAGUUAGGCUUAGGUAGCCGUUUAACAGUGGAAAGCUUUCGGUUAAUUUUGCGCGCCACCCGGUAGUGGAAGUUAGUGAAGUUUUACGUUCCAUUCACUUGCUAAACAAUGUACAAGUUUUACCAACGGAAUUUGUACUUUUCAUGGCCUUUAAAUUGAAAUUUACCCGUUGUCUCAUGCGUUUCUUUCGUUUCGACAGCCUCAGUUUUUAGCGGCGUUAGUGAACGAAUUAGCUGAUGGGGGCAAGUCUCAAGUUGCACGAAUGGCUGCGGGGUUACAGCUUAAAAAUCAGCUCACAUCGAAAGAUCCCACUGUUCGAAUGCAGUACCAACAACGAUGGAUCUCCCUAUCUGACGAAUUAAAAAAUCACGUUAAAACAAGGGUAAGAGACAAAAUGUGGCUCGUAUUGUUGAUAUUUUGCGAAGUUUUAAAAUAAAACAAUUGGUUUCUUGCAGGUUAUUCAAACACUAGGAACAGAGAAAGCAAGGCCCGCCAUUGCUCCUCAGGUAAUCACAAGUUUCCGUUUAGUAGGAUCAUUACUGUACGAAACUAAACGAAAAACUACCUUUCCUCUCCAAAGUUUUUAAGGACUUGGGAAGUUGUUUUUAAUGGUGGUGUUUUUAGAUCUUUUGGAUACCAGCACUCGUUCUCUAGGGUACAUCAGCUUACGAGAAAACCUUUAAAAAUAAGCUUUUCUGCCCGUGAACUAGGGAUCCACGACUUAGGUGUAAUUUACACUGUAUUAGAGCUUUCAAGGGUGAAGGCGUGCAUUUCAGAAGUAUUAUUUGCAGUAAUACCCGUCUGCAAGUUCCUGCUGGAGUUAUAGUUCUUACAAGUGCUAGAUUGGAUCAAGGCACGAAGAGAAGAAAAAGUAAAAUGACCCAGCUCAUUACACAGUCUCUUAGCUAAGGAGAACAAAAUGUGAAUUUGCAUUAAUUUAACACUGCUGUCAACAAUUGCACUUCAUAGUUAAUAUAGCUGAAACAGGGAACAGUGCGAACAGGUGUGUGCGCAUUUGUUGGACUUUAAACCUGUGGGUCAGUGGAUCCCUUAAUGCUCUGCCACUGCUUCAUAAGUACUACCCGAUUAACUAGUGGUCAUAACUGAGCCCACUGUACCAAGCGUACAGCUACUAGGCCUGGGUUCAAAAACUGUUUUCAAGUAACAUGGUUCGCAUGCUCAACGAAGAUCUUGCUUGAUUCAUGCAGAAAUAUAUUUUGAGUAUGCCAAAAUUGGGCAAGGGAAAGAAAGGCUUUUGGUGGAGGGUGGAACCUGCCAGUCUCAUAAUGUGUACACAUACCCAACUGUGAAAAUUCUUUGCAUCUAUUAUUGGCUAUGGAGUGCCUACACCCCUGAUUUGAAAGGUCUUAUUUCAGUGUUCUCCUUAUCAUGUAGUAACUGUUAACAUUUUCUGCCUGAAGCAACACUUCUUAUGGCCUGCAACUGCUUGAAGGUUUACUAAAAUUAAACAAGUAGCUUUAAAAAAGACGCAAGUUGUGAUCUGAUCCAAUCAAGGAAAUGAAUGAAUGUAUGGAAAAGUACUAAAGUAUACACAGCUUUUCUAUUUUUAUGGGCCAUGCACUUUGAAAAGAGAACAUUCAAGGCAGAGUGAAAUUAUUGAAAUGAAACAUUUUAAAUUGUUGUUUAAAGAGAACAACGGCCAAUUUGCAUAAAAUAGGUCUCAAAAUGAGGGAAUGACAUUUCAGAGAACACAGCUCCUAAAUUUCCCAGUGAGGGCAGGGCUAUGUCUCUCACCCCCCCAGGAAAGUGUGCUUUUGGCGUAUAUUUUCUGCCUUACCAGUCAUGAUUGAUCCCUUACCUACCGAGCUAAAUUUUCAGUGAGAACGCUCCUUUUUUAUGAAAUAAUUUAUUUUAUCUUGUUUCAUGUUUUUUGCAAAAAGUGUAUAGCGGCUAUUGCUUGUGCUGAGAUACCUAACAGACAGUGGUUGGAAGUGGUUGAUAUUCUACAAAACAUCGCAGUGCAACCGACCAGCGCAGAUUCACUAAGAGAGCAAGCACUGGAAGCAAUUGGCUAUCUCUGUCAAGAUAUUGUGAGUACCUUAUUCAUUAACUGUCAGCCCUUUAAACCCUUGUUGUUGAUUAAUAGAGUAUUACAGGAAAGGAGUGAUGUGGAAAUUUUUAGGAAGGCCUCUCAUCAGAAUUUUACUCUACGUGGCACUGUAUCAGUGAUUAAUUAUUACCAAAAACUUUUCUUGCAUUCUGAAGUUAAUGCUGAGCUUGUCACAUUAUUGUUUUAAAAAGACCGAUACUGACACAUUUUAUACAUUGUAAAUAGAUGAUGAAAAUGUGCAUUGUAACUUUCUAAUCUUUUCACUUAUUUUUAAUAUCUAUAGGUUAUUUGUAAAUGAUGAUGUGAAUUUUUGUCCUUAGAUGAUAAAAGGUCAUUUUCACAUCAUGUUACACUGGCCAUGUUAGUGUACAAAACAUUUAAACAGCGGCCAUGUUGGUACUGUACCAAAACUAUCCUGUGGAGAUUGAACUCUUCUCAUGCAAAUUCUUUUUGGUUCCAAGAAAUUUGCUUAGCCACUACAUGAUCACAUGAAUGAAAACAAUCUUUUAAAGACAUAGUCAUCAUCAUUAUUAGUUAUUGUUAUAGUUAUUGGCAUCAUCAUCAUCGUCCAGAGUUUGUACGCUUCUUGACAGUUCUUGAAAAUUGCAGUCUUUGCCGGAAAGUCCUUGAAUUUUGGUGCUAAUGUUAUCCAAACCAAAGGAAAAGGAGCAACCACAGAAGUACGUUCAGGAUAAAAUUGCUCAUGUUGUGGAAGAACUAACAAAGACAUAGACUCAAGGUUCUUUUUUCCACUGAAUGUAGUCUUUGAAAAAUGGGAAAUGUGUCCUUGAAAGUCCUUAUAGUCCGUGAAUGUUUUGUUUUAAAAAGGGUACGAACGCUGGUUGUCGUUGUCAUCAUCAUCAUCAUUAUCAUCAUUAUUAUUUACCUUUUAACAUGUUUCCUUCCAUGACACUAACAAGUAAGGAGGAGGUCACUGAAGAGACAAAAAUGUUAAAAAACAAUGAAACAUUUUAAUUUCUCCUUUAUCUUGGACUUGCAUGUAGAUUAUACCCUUAAGCUGUAGCUUAAAUUGAAAAUCUCAAGUGAAAACAGCAAUUAAGUUAAAUUUACAAUGUCUUCGGGAAUUACAGUGUGACUACUGUAACUGUGGCUAUCUAGAAAAAGUUGACCAGAAGUAUUACAGGAAGAUAACAAUACAUUCAUAGAAAAUUUGUUGCUGGCCAAAUAGCAGCUUCUAAAAAAACAAUAAGUUACUUGAUGCAAAAAAAUUAAAUAUUGAUUGCAAACGUUUAUCAGGAAAGCAAAAUGUUUCAGCAUACAAUGUUUUUCUAUUCUAAACUUUGCGUACAACACCCAUGAGACAUUUUUUUAUCAUUACCAGUAAUUUCUUUGGUAAUAUUGCCGUGCUUUACAAUAACGUGUGAACUCAAGUCAAAAAUAUAACUUUCCGUCACCCACUCUAACGGACCUCUCAGAAAACACGUACUUUCUUCAGCGGGUUCAAAAGGUCUCGUCUGUAUGUUGUAAUUGGUUGAUUUUGAUCCAUGUUGUGUGUUUCGUUUUGUGGUAAGUAUGACUGACAACCAACAUUCUCGGAAUGUAUUAUUAUUUUCCUGUAAUCCAAUUGGUCAAUUUUGUCUAGGUUGCCCCAACUGAGUAGUUGCACUGUAAGUGCUUUAAUGGGCUUUCAGCAGCUUGACAUUAUGUUGAAAUGCUGAUGUUUGUGGAGUGUUCUGAUUGUCGUUCUUUCCCUUUUGAACUGUUUUCUUUAGGAACCAGAACACCUAGUUGAUCAGUCACAUAAAAUUUUGACAGCAAUUGUGUCAGGAAUGAAAAAUGAAGAGCCAAAGUAAGUCUAGAAAAUUUUGUUAUUUUAAUUGUUGGGCAGCAUUAGGUAACCUUCUCUAUAAAAUAUAUACCAGUAACUUGAAAUGAUCUGGGUCCUUGUAAAGUACGUGGGUUAAACACUUUUGCUUCAGUAGGCGAAAAAAAAAAAAGAACAAACAAAUGCACAAACACUGCUCUUAAUUAUUAUGUAUUGGGGAAAACCAAAGAUUAAUUUGUUUUAUUAUAUAGACACGAGUGUUUCACUGGAAAAUAUACCACUUGUAACAUUCAUAAAAACUACAUCCGGGACCUGAGUGGUUUAUUUUCCAUAAUCUCACACGUGAGUUUAUCGAUGACGUAAUUUCGGUCAUUUCCCUCUAUUAUUUUAUCGAUGUCUUUUUGUCUAUAUAAUGAAAAGAACAUUACACGGCGGCUUAAAGAUAUGAAUUUUAUUUUCUUGUGGCAAAAACAAUAUUUUACUCACUCGCUGCGCUCGUUCGUAAAAUAUUGUUUUGCCACUCGAAAAUAAAAUUCAUAUCUUCGCGCCACUGUGUAAUAUCCUCUAUAUAAUGAACUUGGUUUAACUUUUAUGUACAAUUUUUGCUCUCAGCCUCCAGAUCAGAAUAGCAGCCACCAAUGCUCUUUUAAACUCCCUGGAAUUUUCAAAGCAGAAUUUUGAAAGAGAGGUAAUUUGGCUUUUUGUUUUCUUCUACUUUAUUGUUAUCUUGUUUAACUUUUCCAUUUUCUGUUUUAAUUAUCUUUCAGGGAGAACGUAAUUUCAUCAUGCAGGUAGUUUGUCAAGCAAGUGUAGCAGAGGAUACCCAGGUAAUUUUUUUGGUCAUAUUUGAGACAAUAAUUGUUCUUGAGUGCUUGCCAUUUCUAUGGAAAUUUUGGUGAAGAUUAUCUGACAAAAGGUACUGUUUUUACAAAUUUUUAGUCAUGCCAGGUCAGUGAUUAUGUAACCAGACAGUUAAUCUGAAGACAGACUCCAAAACUCUGUAUUACAGUACUUUGAAAUUAAAAUAUAAUACCUUAUUUUAAAGCAUGACAAAGACUAAAAGAAAUAUGCAUUGUCAAACAACAACCAUAAUAACUGCCACAGAAAUUACACAAACAGGUGGUUAUUUCUACAAAUACACGUUCAGAUCAAUUGAUCGAUCUUUGCGUCCUGCGGGCCCCCCAUGCCAUAAAUUAUUUUGCUUCUUUGGGGAUUUUUAUGUGUGAGGGACGCAGGACAUAGAGGUAACAAAAUCACUGCCAGUUCAGACUUAGCAAAUAAUGCUUUAGCUCAAGUCUGUAGAAGUCUAAUGUGUAAAAUCUUGCUUCUUCACAUAUACCACUUUAUAAAAUAACUAAGAUAGUACGCGCGUUCGGAUUGGUUAAAAACCUAUGGUUUAUUGUGCCGGUAAACUCAUAGAAAAGUUGAAGUUAUUUUAUAAAAGCAAUUGACCACACUAUCCAUGGGUUUACCGGCAUGAUAACCCACUUGAGAUGUUGGGAGAACACUCGAAAAGCUUGUAAAUCACUCGCCUUCGGCUCGAGGAACAUAUUUUUAAUUAUAGGCUUUUUAAGUGUGGCAUUUUUAUGUCAAAUAGAUGGAGGGGCAUAUUUUCAGAAUUUUAUGAUAUGUGCUACUUUCUGGGUUUUUCUGACCAUUAGAACACAUAUUGAUUUGUUCAUGUCCAACUCAUCUUUCUCUGGGCUAACUUUUUUGAUUUUUCUCACUUUUUUGUAGCUGAAGGUUGCAGGAUUGCAAAAUAUUGUGAAGAUAAUGUCUUUGUAUUACCAGCAUAUGAAGGCGUAUAUGGGUAAUGCAUUGUUUCCAGUAAGUUUUUGUUAAUUCCCACGUUAGAAAGUGUUUUUUCUAGAAAAUAGGCUGUUUUCGAGUUUCCCCAAUUAAAGCCUCUGUUUUAAAGCGAGGCUAAUUGUGCAGCCAUGGAUAUGAGAAUCAUUUCUCAUUUUCAUGCAAAUAAGACCCUGUUUACCAGGAGGAAGGGUAACCCUGAUGCUAGGGUUACCCUAGCAAGAGGCUUUACCCUGGCACACACACAUUUCUUGUUUUUUUAAACAUGUUUACAAAGCAGUAGGGUUACCCUAACGCUAGUGUAACUGUACCUACCUUGUAAAUGCUCUGCUAGGAAUAACUCGCCUAGCCAGGAGAACUUUCCUCUGUCAUGCAUGACCAUUAAUCUUGACCGUUUGAACGUAAUAUCCAAUUUCUGAGCUAAAUUAUAAACAUGUGAACAAUAUUAGGUAUUUUCUGUUGACAAUGAUAGUAUUUACCCAUUUUUUCCUGAAUUUCAUGUGGUUUCCAUAGAGAUUUUCAAGUUUUAUUUCAAAUCUUGGAUGUUGCAAAGAAUGUCCCGCAUGACGAAACACAUCAGCAAAGCUGGUAAAAUUGACCUGGGUUAUAUUGUAACCCUACCUGUGAAAUUUGCUUGUAAACCAGAGCUAACUUUAACCCGCUUGCUAGGGUAGCCUUAGCACAAGGGCAGGGUAUUCGUUAGGCAUCAGAGAUUGGACAAUUCUCUGUUUACUACAUAGAAUUCUCUGACUACCUUACCUAUUUUUCAUUCAGAUGUGGAGCUGCUUUCAAAAUAUUCUUUUGUAACAUUACACCUUUCUCCUGGGACAAACCCUGCAAGGGUAACCCUCUUUCCUUCAAAUUACAUUUUCCUUAUCUCCUUGUGUAAUCAGACCCUUUUUUAGCAAUGACAAUUGCUUUUUUGACAUGCAACACUUUUCUUUGCUUAAGCCGUUGAUUAGCAAGCUUCUUUUCCUAAAAAUUUUACCCUAAAAAUAAAAAAUCAGUUACAAAGAGCUUCUUUCAUAGAUUAAAUAAAGACGUUUUGAAUGUGAAAAACAUGAUUCAAAAUAAAAACAUCCAGUAUAACUGUUGACUGAAAGUGAAAGGAAGAAGAUUGCAACAUUUCAGAUUUUUUAGAUGUUACCGUUAAAAAGUAAGACAGGGAAAUUUUCUAAAUUCAUGCAUCUUUUAGUUAAUUUGAAAAACAUUUAAUUCAAAAAAUUUUCUGUUGUAUUUUGCAUGUUUUUACUGAAAGUGAAUAGGACGUAAUUUACAGGGGGAUAAAUCAGCAUCUCAGGACUUUUUUAGAUGUAACCACUAAAUCUUGACAUUUUGGACCGACAGUUUAUAUAUGGGUUUUACUAUAACAGUUACUUUCUCCUACACCUUUUAAAGGAGGUUGGAUGCCUGGAGUAUCCUUUGGCAUGCAGAAGCAGCCCCUAGGUUAAUAAUGCUCACGCAAUCUGUACAAUUUUUAUUUUGCCCUGUUAGAUUUGUAUGGAGGCAAUGAAAUCUGAUGUCGAUGAGGUUGUUCUCCAAGGAAUUGAGUUUUGGUCUACAAUUUGUGAUGAAGAAAUGGACCUAGCUAUUGAAGCUGCAGAGGUAACAAGUGAUUGAUACCCAAGACAUUUACACCUGUCUAUUGAUUAAGCUUUUGUGUGUUGCUGUGCAUGGAAUGUAUUAGGUUUCUAUUUUGUUUUUGAAAUCUGUUGCUGGUUCAUCAUUUUGAUCCAGAAAAAGAAUUUUGAAUCAUUGAAAACAUACUUUUUUUGAUGGUCUUAAAAAUUAAUCCCAGGGCAAAAAGACUUUCCCCAAGGGUGUAUGGGUCAUUUGGAAGUCUGGAAAGUCGUGAAAUUUAAGAGUUUCAUUUUCCGGGUCUGGAAAACCAUAGAAGUUUAUUUUCAGUCAUGGAAAGUUAUGGAAAAUUGAAGUCAUGUUUGGUAGAUAUAGUUACUGCAAAUGACAAAGCAAGGACAAAGUAAGAUAGAGACAAGUAAUUAAACACUGCAAACAGCCCUUGCUUUGGUGGACAGCAGUGUUUGGGUUUGUUGAACAGCGGUAAAGUGAGAGUUAAGAACAGAAUUCCCUUCAGUGCGAUAGCAAAAUCCACUAGCCCUGGGCUCGCAGACACUAUUUUCUUUGCAGGCUGUUAUCAGCCCACCCUGUCACCACACCUCUACUGAUUUGGCUCUUAUGGAUGUGAAAGAACUCACACUGCUAUCUGUUUAAAGAGUUGGCGGGGGACAUAGACCCCACGUGUGUGGUCGUAGUCAUAAACAUCUAUGUGUGUGUGUUGUUUCUAACAGGCUUAUAUCUGCUUAAUCGAGGCAACAUGCCCUUAUGAUACAAUUGAUUAUAUAUCACCCUCUCUAUCAAAUAAACAAUGAUGUUGAUACCUUAUCACAUGAAAUUUUCGCAACACUUAAAUUUCGUGAUUUUGUGAAAUUUUUGUGUUUUGAAUCAAUUUAAUUUCAUGAUCUUUAGUAAGAUGCUAUUUAUUUAACUUAUCCUUGAAGCAAAAAGAACAACUUCAUUUACAAUAACAUUUUAUUUUGAUCAGGCGGCUGAAUCUAACAGGAAGCCAGAGCAGUCCAGCAUGUUUUAUGCUAAAGGAGCUUUGGAAUUUAUAAUUCCAUAUUUGAUAGAUUGCCUCAUGAAACAGGUUAGAUUAAACUCCACAACUCCAUUUUGUAAGAAUUAAUUAUUUUUAAGGAUUAUAAUGAUCUGUGACAUAAAUCCCAUUUAAAGGAAAAUAUAUAACUCAUUUUUAUCAAAUAUCUUUUGUCUCCGACUCCUAAUACCCAUACCAUAAUCAAACAAUUCGCUCGAGUUGUUAUUCAAAACAAUAAUUUGAGAAAAGUUUCUCCAAUAAAAAGUGUGAAUGUUUCACAUUUGUUGGGAUAUUAUUACCGAUACUUCGAAGGGCUCAUGUAUGGUGCACUUUUUAAGCUACCCGAAAGUAGCAACCUCCUAAUGACCCUCCCGAAAGUGGCAAAGAAAAAGGGUGCUAAAUGCACGUUCGUAUGUUUUAAACGAGUUUUUUAGCUCCUCGACGUAAUGUAUCAAAAUAAAUGAUUGAUUAGUUGAUUGAUUGGUUCAUUGAUUGAAAGUAACCAGGUCGUUACUUUGGAACUUUAAGGUGAAUUGUUUUUACCUGUCAUUUACAGGAGGAAUUUGAUGAUGAAGAUGACUGGAAUCCUUGUAAAGCUGGUGGUGUUUGUCUUAUGCUGUUAGCCCAGUGCACUGAACAUCACAUCGUUCCUCAUGUUUUGACAUUCAUUAAAGAAAACAUCAAAAACCCUGACUGGAAAAGAAGAGAUGCUGCUGUAAUGACAUUAGGUGGGUUCAUGUUAUUUGGUUUUGAGGCUGGGAGAGGUAAAUGCAACCAAACUCAAGCACAAUAGGUCAAAGGGUAAUUGUAAACUGCCACUUAAGCCCUAGGCUUAAACAUCUUUGUAAGGGGUAUUAUUGAGCAAGGUGUGCCAAAACUUAUGUCCGAUUGUCCAGGACAGAUAGAAAUUUAGUUCGGACAUGAAAAACUUUAAUAUGACUUGUCCAUGGGAAAAGCAUAUUUUUUAGUAGAAAAAAUACCGAAACAGUCGAAUUGAAAAAAUAAGGUGAAAUAUUCCUUUUAACUUCGCCAUUCCAUGGCGAUUUCAUUUGUUUUUAUGAGCUCCAUUUCAGGUUUAAGUCAAAAAUAAUUAUUUUACAAGGUCCCAAGGAUAAUUGGCCAGAGUGGAAAAAAAAAAUACUGUAAUAUUCUUUAAAAUGCCGUUUGUGUGGUGCUUCAUGUAAACCUUACUUAUGCAGUAUUUUUUUUUCAGGUGCAAUUCUUGAGGGACCUGACCCCAAAUAUCUGCAAGAACUUACGACUGAGGUGAGGUUGAGUCUGUUAAAAUAGAACUAUCUAAGUUGCAAAGCAUACUUAGUAGGGACCUUAAGAUCUGAUGACAGCCUUGGCAUUAAGAACGUCAACCAAGCAAUAGGUUUAAUAAGCAAAACAACCACUUUGCUCAUACAUCAUGCCUUUUAAUACAUUUCUUUUUCGUCACUGCUUGACUGUGAUGUAAACAUAACUAAUUUCACGUUUUACGGAGGAUGUAAAGAAGCAGCAAAAAAUUUUUUUCUCUAUUUCUGAACUUGGAUAGUGUUCUUAGAAUUUAACUAUUGGAGGGUUUACCUACAUGACACAGUAAGUGAGUUAAAAUAGUAUCAAUGCAGAUUGAAAGAUUGCAAUUCACUGCUGCCGUUGAGUGAUGUGAGGGUAAUUUCUGCUCACUCCAUCGCUUGUCAUCGUGAUUAACUAGCCAGUCAUGAGGGGGUUGUACUUCAUGUUUCAAGCUUUUCACAACAUGGGUGAUAGAGUCCUAGCUGGAUGACAGUGCACUGCCAUUAGUCAUUCAUAAUUCUUGGUCCAGGGUGAGCCAAACCUAUGUCCAAUGGUCCGCUACAGGUAGAGAUUUAGUUUGGACAUGUAAACUUUGACAUGACUUGUCUGUGGGACAAGCACAUUUUAAAUAAGAAAUAGUAAGGAAACAGUUGAAAAUUGACUUCAAAUUACCAAGACGUAACUCAUUCCCAGGCUUAAAGCAACCGAGAAAAGAAAAAAAAUCUGGGAUACUAGCAAAGAAUUAAGUGAAUCGAGAGAAAAUCUUUCAAUACUCUAGUUUCGAGCAAAGCAGUUUGGACAAGGACUCUUGGGUUUCGGACAACCAAAUUUAAUAUAGUGCUUGCCCGAAGGACAAGUGGAUAAGAGAAUAUUUCUCUUACUCUGUUGGUCACAGCUGACAUUUUAAACUUAGUACUUUUAGCCUUUUGAGUGCCUUCUUGCUGCUAAUUUUCCCUCAUUUGAAGCGAGUGUUUGACGAAGGGUUUCUUUUGCAGUUAAUGCCCUCACUCAUAGAGUUAAUGCAAGAUCAUAGUGUUAUUGUAAGAGAUUCUGUGGCAUGGACUCUUGGUCGGAUAUGCGAGAUAUUGCCACAAAUAGCUAUUGAACGUUUCCUUCAACCACUUGUGGACGCUUUGUUGGCUGGCCUUGAUUCUGAACCCCGCGUUGCUGCCAAUGUAUGCUGGGUAAGAAACUAUUAUCUUGUAAAAAUGCAGAAAAAUAAACCAGGCCUUCCAAAGGUAGAAGCGACAGGCAACAUUGACAGUGACAAUCCAAUUUUUAAGUUAAGUUAAAAUGACGUCUGUUCACUUUUUUAACAUACUGAAGGAAAUGGAAUAAGAAUAUAAGUUUGAAAUAGUGCGGAUUCACAUUUUAAUGAUAUGGGGAAAUAAUACUCUGGCUGGGUUGUGUUUUCAGGCAUUCAACUCUCUUGGUGAAGCAGCAUAUGAUGCUGCCCCAGUUCCAGAUGAGGAAGAAGAACCACCAACUUAUGCUCUAUCCAUGUGGUUUUCUCAAAUAUUAAGCAAGCUCCUUGAGGUCACCGUAAGGUAUGUGAUGGCCAUCUGACAUUUUUCUGAAAUUUGCACUACUACUACUACGUACUGCUGCUACUGCUUCUACUACUACUAGAGAGGCAUAAUGGAUGGUUUUGCCAUGCACAUGUUUUAUAAUGAGUAGAUCUUUUUACCAAUAUGGCGGCCAUAUUGAAUUAAUUUGAUUUAAGGAGUAUUAUAGGAUGCUCGGGGGGGCACGAGCACAUUUCGUUUGUAUUUUCGAGUUGUUUUUAGGACAUUUUUUCUUAAAGUUUUCUUAGAAUAAGAUUGUAAUGGGAAAAAAGAUCCUUGUGCCUUGUUCUGAUGUAAUAAUGAUCGCUUUUUUCCCGAGAAAUAUACAGUGAAAGACCACAUUUCUAAUAAUAAACUAGUAAAAGGCGAUCAUUAUUACAUCAAAACACGGAACAAGGAUCUUUUUUCCCAUUACAAGCUUUUAGAAAAAAAAUGUCCCGAAAAGUGCUCGAAAAUACAAACGAAAUGUGCUCAUGCCCCCUGGGCAUCCUAUAAUACUCCUUAAUUACAAUACUGCAGUAUUUUUUUCUUUUGUUUAUAGGUUUUCACAAGAUUUUAAUAAAGUUGUUGAUUAAUUCAAUUUUUUUUAAAAAAAAUAUUAUUAUGUAAACACCAAAAUGCUAAUAUUCCCUAAUAAGUGCACAUUUAUUAUUUUAAGUGUAGACUUUCCUGUAUGAAUUUUUAGAAAGUUAAGAAAUAAUAUUAUUCAAUAUCGUUGGAUAGCUAACCUGCGAACGCAGACACAUUUCUGGUCAUCAUGCCCCCUUUGGCACAAUUUAAUAUAUAAGGUGUUUUUCAUCUUUUUUUGUAGACCUGAAGCUAACCAAGGAAACCUUAGAAGUGCUGCAUAUGAAGCUAUAAUGGAAUUAAUAAAAAAUAGUGCUAAGGUAUAUAAAUACAGUAGAACCAUGCUAACUUGAACUCCCCUCUAACUCAAAAGAAGCUCCAUUUGUUAGUUAACCCUGUAAGUCCUGAUAGUGACCAAGAUCAAUUUUCUCCUAACAAUAUCCAUAUGUUGCCAAGAGAAAUGGCUAUGAGAGUUAAUAAAAUGAUCACCUAAGAGAGAUCUUCUACCAAAUUCUCUCAACUUAUUCCUUAAGGAAAUGUAUAAAGACCAGUUUGGAGAAUUUGUAUGUGGAUAUUGGGGCUUAAAGGGUUAACAGGGUUCUACUGUAUUGAGCUUCUUUGUGUGACAAUGAUGCGCAUGGUGUGUCGUGAUAAUGAUUGGAAGUCUCUCAAUGUCUUGUUGUUUUUACCAAUUUAUCAUGUACUUUUUUUUCUUAGGACCUCAGUGUUCAAUUGAGCUGUGUUACUGUGAGGAGAAGUUAAAUGUUGAUCAUUCUCUCUUUCUAUUUUCUCAGGACUGUUAUGAAAUUGUACAGAAAACAACGCUGAUUAUUCUAGAGAGACUCCAGCAAGUCCUAAUGAUUGAUGUAAGCUAACCAGUCACUGAUGACAGUCUCUUUUUUCAUCCUCCACUUCUUGGUCAUUUUUUUUUAUCAUUUAAUCGCUUUCACCAUGAUUACAAUACUAAAAAAGACUAGGGAAAAAAAAAACAUUUGAACAAGCCACAAAAACGAAGGACAAAGGUGCGGGACACACAACAGAGCGAGGCUCCACAUUAAGUGUGCUCGUACGGAAAAUACACAAAUACUAACUAUGUAAACAUUAAACAUUAUUGAAAGUAUAAAAAUCCCAUUUGUAAAAACGAUAAGAAUGAAUCCCUCCCUCAGCAGAUAAGUAGUCUUAGUAGCAGCAGCAGCAGUUACCAGCUAAUAGAAGAUUACGUGACCUACUUCAUUUGCAGUAGAUCGACUUCCAGGGGUUACAGUUAGUGACGUCAUAGUUUGUACGAAAAGCAGCCGGAUAGCGUUGGAGUACAUGAGAUUUAAACUGAUUAAGAGAACUAAGAGUACGAGUGGAUUCAGGGAACGUAUUCCAGAGUUUAGCAAUACGAUUAAAGUAACUAAAUUGAAAGAGCUUUGUACGGCACUUGGGAAUUAGUACGUCUUGAUCAGAGCUAUGGCGAGUGAGAUGAGUGCCUUUAGACUUGACAUAAUCAGCUAUGGGUAAGGUGUAGUGGCCAGCGCGAUACUUGAAAUAGAAAAUUCAAUUUCUAUAUAUUUUUUUUUGGCAUCCUUUACAAAGCCUCCUUCUUGGAAAGACAAGAAGUUAAUGAUGUUUAAAGGCAGUGAAUACUGUACUUUGUUUUUUGCAGAAAAGUAUGUCUGACAGAAGCCAAUAUAAUGACCUUCAGUCUCUCCUAUGUGCUACACUCCAGGUAAAGCCAAACUAAGUCUAUCAAGCGCUUGAUGACCAGUUAAUAGAGGUGACAACAAUAGGGACUUUAAGAUCCAACGACGCGACGGCGACAAGAACGUCGCUUAAAAAGUGAAUAUGCGUUCUUCAGUCUUUAUAGCGAUUAUUCCUACCCACUUACUUUGUCAAUUGUAGUUGAACCCUCUUGAAGCUGAAUUUCAAGGGACCAUAGCCAAGCUCAAAAAGAGAAAUAAAAUUUCGUCGUUGCUUGUUUACGUCCUCCAUAAAACGCGAAAUUAGGCAUUUUCACGUCGCAGUCGUGCAAAAACGGGAAAGAAAUGUACAAAAAAGUGUGAUGCACGUGCGAAAUUGCGGUUUUGCAAAUUAAACCUAUUGUUUUUUUGACGUUCUCAUUGUCGUCCGCGUCGUUGGAUCUUAAAGUUCCUAUUGGGAGAACUCUCGUUGGGACAGCCAAAAGGUGGCCACUUAAUAGAAGCUUAAUUUCCCAUUCUUUUUUACAAUUAUUUCAAGACUUUAAAUACUGGCCGCUGAAUAGAUGGUGGCCGCUUAAUGGUGUCAUUUAUGAAUUGAAACCAUUGUGUGGAGACAUUAUGCUUGUUGGGAAAAUUUAACAAAAAUAAUGUGACAUUACAGUAUUCACUAGUGGCAGAGGCUCAAAACGAGCACCUGAAGUCUUGUUCAGUUCUUUCGUAGGCUUUUGCGUUCUCAUUUGACCUUGUACUGUCUUAGCCCAAGACUUCCUGUAACCUGUCUGCGACCGCCAUGAUGGAAAAGUUUCAGAUUGUAACAGGCUGAGUCCUUGAUAUUCUAACCCAUAUUUUCUUUUGUUAUUCCAACAGAGUGUUCUGCGGAAAGUGAACCCCUUAGACGCAUUACAGAUUGCUAAUCCAAUAAUGAACGCCCUGCUUCAGAUGCUUAGUUUUGGUGAUAAUGUAACAGGUGGGGUCCAAGAAGAUGCGCUCAUGGCCAUAGGCACUCUUGUGGAGGGUAUGUGACUUUUGAAUGUUUAUUAUCAUUGUCAUCAGACGGAAUGGCUACAUGGAUAAGAGUGCAUAGUGCACCUAUUACCUCUAUUGUUAUCAGCAACAGUGUCUGGCUGUUUAGUUGAUAUGGCUUUGCCUGUCUGCCUGUCUGUUCAUUGGGCUGAUUUAACAACAGAGUGGGAACGUCAGUGGUCGACUGUGCGCGGCUUCCGAUGCUCAAUUUGCCGCUGUACCAUCGGUCAAGCCAGUUGUUUGAUUUGCGUGUGUCGUCGUCAACUGAGGUUUGGGUUCUGUUGCUAAAUCAGCCUAUUAUUAGUUACUGUAAAUCUGUAUUUUAUAAUUUCUCAACUGAAGCAGACACUCGUUUGAGCCUUGAAGUUAAAGGUGUGUUUGAGUUUUGACGACGUUUUCAUUACCUUUGUUUCUAGUCGUUGGUGAGCAGUUUGUGACAUACAUAGAAGCAUUUAAACCAUACUUAUUAGAAGCACUCAAAAACAAAGCUGAAUACCAGGUAAUAACUUUCUGUUGCUUUCCUUUUGAAGAACAACUCCAGUAAUUGCGCAUUUGCUGCCUAAUGACAUUCCAGUGCAACAACCAGUUGCAAAAAUGUUGAUACACUAAGGCGAAAAAAAACUGGCUCUUUCUGCUGAAAAUCUGCUAGUCACACAUCUGCGAGAUAAAACACUCAACCCCCCCUCUCUCCCUCCAUUCGAAGUUGUUCCUCAAGUUCUGAGCAUGGUCUUGUAUAGCUAGCAACUUCGACAAGGGGGAGGGGGGAGGGGGUCACAAGCACAUGAUCAAUAAUAACGGACAGUCCAUUUAAGCCGAAAGAAGGUUUCAGUUGCAACUGGUUGUAGCAGUUUGUUAUAUGAACCUACGGUCUGAGUAGCGCCCACUAGUCUCCCGUGGCUCAGUGGGAGAGCGUCUGGACUGUCGUAGGUUCGACUUCCUUUUGGGAGAACUCCGUUUUUUUUCAAGUCGCCUGAAUAACCAUAGCCUGUUCCAAGCGUUCAGAAAAAUUGACGAGGUGGAAAAACGAGAGGAUACUUAACUUGCUCCCCACCAUCUGAACACAGGCUAGAAUAACCAUUCCAACAUAUUGAGCCUUUCGAGUCCCCAGUCGUUGGUGAUCGCUUAUUUUGGGAACAUUUUUUUUCGAUCUCAUCGUGCUCAUAUAUUUGUUCUUUAUUGUCGCACUAAAGGUUUGUGUGGCUGCUGUGGGGCUGGUGGGAGACAUUGCACGAGCUUUGGGAUCAAAUAUAGUGAGUUACAGUGACCUUUUUAUGCGGAUUUUACUGGAAAACCUGGCGGUAAGUUGACUCUUUCGCUGAUUACUGGUCGUUUCGAUACAAGUUUAUUCAGUCGAGGUGUAGAUAGUUUCACGCACUUGGCUUAAAGAACGUGGAAUAUUGACCCCAAAUGCUAAUGCGCAAACUACACUUGAAGUGGUCAAAAUUUUUGUGCAAUUUCAAUACUUGAGUUCGUAUGACUUGUUCGAAACAACCGGUUUCGCUUGGUGGUUAACCCUUUAAGCCCCAAGAGUGAUCAGCAUGAAAUUUCUCCUCAUAAUAUCAAUGCUUUAGAAAACAUGGUGGUUGUGAGAAUUGAGUACAUGAUCAGGGAGGAUGAGUCUAUUUGAUAUUUCACCAAAUUCUCCCCAAUACCUCUAUUGAAUCGUAUAGGGACAGUAAAUGAGAAUCUCAAUUUUGAUAUUAGGGUUUAAAGGUUUAAUGCUUUUUGUAACGUUUCACCUGUACGGUGUUAGGCUUUUAUGGCAGCACAAGUGAUUUUCAGUUGUUACUCCUUCUCAAAGAUCGUACUGGAUAGGCCUUCUAUUCACAAAUAAAACGCCAGCUUCGGCGCGAAAUUUGUGUGCCGGCGCGGGGCGCCGCUGUGACACGACGCCCUUGAGAGUGAGAAGCGAAAACCUUCCUCUUCGCUCCAACUUUCGCGUAAUCGAUCGGAAACGCUUGUUACGCAGGCUAGCAUCACGCUUGUAUUAUGCGAUGAAGUUUGAAACAUUUUCGUUUCUGUUUCCAUCGUGAGUGCUUAAACCUCCUUUAAACUCUGUGUAAUUCAACAACUGUUAAAUUCUGUUCCCCACAGGAUGUCACAGUUCACAGAAGUGUCAAACCUCAUAUUCUCUCUGUGUUUGGUGACAUAGCCCUGGCCAUCGGACCUAACUUUAAGACGUACUUCGACGUUGUCAUAGCUACUCUAAAUCAAGCCUCGGCAACGACUGUUGACAAAGUAAGUAUAGUCGCAACCUCGUUCCCAGGUUCUCUCUCCUACCCUCUCUCUCGCUCCGUAGGGGCGGGUUGGAGAGAACUCUGGGAACGAGGUUGGUACUAGUAAAUUGUAAUUGCCACUAAUUGGUACUCAGUAAAUCGACACUAUGGUCUGACGAAGACCUACAAUACGCAGUCGAAACGUCGCGAUCAAUAUCUGAGGCCUGGGCGAACCAAACUCAGUGGGCGCUUUCCAUGUAGUCAAAAUUUCCGGAAUUUCCGGUUCGGCGGUAAAUGGAACACGUUUCGUCGGUUCGUCCCACUGGAAAAUUCCCAGAAAAAGUGGAAAAUCUAAAAAGGUGGUCCCGUUUUCCCGGUUGGAAUUUCCGAACGGAAUGUCGUGUUCCAUUGACGUUUCUUGUAGUUUGUACCAGUUCCAGGUUCACGGUCGGGCACCCGGCCACGUACCGGGGUUUACGACCAAAUGGAACAACUUUUUACCAAACGGAAAUUCCACUUUUGCUACCACCGAAAUUUCCGGGUUUUUUUCGUAAAUGGAAAGCGCCCAGUGAGUCAAGUUCAUGAAAAGUAGGUCGUCUGGCUCGGGAGAAAAUUUAUUACUGAUCGGAUUCAGUAGAUUGGUUUGACGCGUCCUAAGUUCAACGUCUGACCCAAAUUAGACUUCGGUUCGUCUCAUAAAAAGUUCGAUGUUUGGCCUAGGCGUAAGUGACAAUCGUUGGACAAACGGUAAACGGAACCCUUUUGUAUACUCAUUAACCACGAUGAAAAAUAUCUUUCACGACCAAGUAAUUACAGUUUGUCACUGUUUGUUAUGUUUUUGUAUUCUGUUCUAAAGGCGCAUUAUUUUAAUGUUGUAACAUUCUGUAAUCCCUGUUGGAUUUCAAGUUGGAAAGCGGCGUGUCAUUAGAAACUUUAAGAUUCGACGACGAGGACUCCUGCGUAGACGAGAUUUAACUUAAAGUUAUUUCAAGUUGUCUAACUUGAGGUAUUCUCCAAAAAUAUACACCGCAGAAGUCAUUGUACAUUUCUUCACCAGAAAAGUAAGCACGGAUAUUUUCAUUGAAGCCGGGGAAAACUGAUAAAACUUCUUUUUUUUUUUUUUUUUUUUUUUUUUUUUUUUUUUUUUUAAUUUUUAUUGUUUUUACAAACAUAAUGCUGACUUACUUACAUAGUACUUACUUACUUACAUAAAGCUUUAAUACCCACUUACAUAUAACUUGCUAAGUUAAAUACUACAUACUUACAUAAUAUAAACUUACAAGAUAAUGCUUACAAAACAGGAGCCAAUGAGUUGGAGUCUGUUACAAAAUAAUGAAAAAAGAAUUCUAAUACAACUAAUUACUAACUUACUAUCUAUUAACGAAGAGUAAAUACGCAAAAAACGACAAAAAAAUAGAUAAAUAAAUAAAUAAAUAACAAACAAACAAACAAAACAAAAAAGCCAAAAAACAAGGGAAAUUAGCCAGAAUCAAGAAAAUUAUUUUUACAGCUUGACUUGCACCUUUGCUUUGCUAGUUUCAAUUUGUAUUUUAUUUUUAAGGAUAGACAAAAAAGCGUCGAAAAAAUAAUCUUCCUCAUUUUUAGACGCGGUGUAAAUAUAGUAUUUUGCAAUUAUCAAGCAGAGGUUUAAACCAAGACACUGAGGCACGGUGUCUGUAAUGCCAUAAAGUGUUUGUGCUUCAGAAAGCGAGAUCUCAAUGUUGUUUUUUUCGCGCCACCAAACUGAAAAAUGUGUCCAAAACAGCUGAGCAUUGGGGCAAGUCACAAAUAGGUGUGUGAUUGUUUGCUUUUCAGCGCAUAAAUGACAGCGGUCAUGUUCCUUAAUUCCGAAUUUAUAUAAUGUAGCGUUGGUGGGUAAGAUGUGGUGUAAGAUCUUGAACUGAAACAUUGAGAGUUGUAUGUCUUUCGUAGCACUGAAAGGCAUCUUGUAAAUUUGAGAAAUUUGCUGUUCGUUUAAACUAGCUUUUCUCAGUCUUUUUUUGGCGGUGGCAGGAACAAAUUUUCUUUCAACAAAAAAGUUGGUAGCAAGUUUAGAAGAAAGCUUCUCAACGGGAAUUCUAUCCAUACUUAUGGAUUUAUUCGAAGGCGGUUGUAAUUUACCUUUCAUUAUUUUAAUCCAGUUAGGAGGAAUUGCUUUGCAUAAACCGUAGUAGGCAAGAAAAUUAGUUUUAAGACCAAAAUAAGAGCAGAAGUCUUGGUGAGAUAGAAAGGUAUUGCCGUUGAAGAGAUCUCCAAUUUUUUCAACACCCGCUACAUGCCAUGCUUUAUAGUAUACUGAAUAAUUGUUGAUCCUAAUAAAGCGGUUGUUCCAUAAGAUUUCAUUCAGUAUUUCUUCUUUUGAGGAGGGAGUGAACGAAUUUAUGGAUUGCCAGGCCAACAAGGCUUUCUCGUAAAAGAUCAAUGGAAUGUGGAUGUUAAGAUGUUUAAGUUCAAAGUUACAUUUAAGGAGAAAGAGACCACCAACUCGCUCUAGCAGGGAAACAGGAAUGUGAGUCCAACUCGCGGUGGGAUGACAGCUGUCAAGUCUUCUGAUCCAAGUUGCUUUGAGAGCAUUGUUAAUUAUGUCAAAAUCAGGCAAUGAGAGACCACCUUUUUCUUUAGGGCCAAUCAGGGUAGUUUGUUUUAUUUUUGGUUUUUUCUUUUGCCAGACGAAUUGAGUAAUAGCUUUAUUAACUUUUUGAAUAAAUGUGGGGGUGACAGUGAGGACAGCAGUGUUAUAAAUAAGUUUGGAGAGGGCUAAUGCUUUUAAAAUGACAAUUCGACCAUGUAAAGUUAAGUUCCUAGGGUACCACAAGUUUAGCAAGGAAGCCAUCGAGGACAGUUUCUGUUCAAAGUUCCUUUUGAAAACAGCUUCGUCAUCAUAAGAGAAGUGAAUACCAAGUGCAAAUACAGGAUCUUUUGGCCAUGCAAUAUCAAGAGGUUCUUCCGGGUUGUUUUUGUUCGCGCCUAGCCACAAGCCCUCUGUCUUGCUUCUGUUUACUUCAAGACCAGAGCAUUUUUGAAAAGCGUGGAGCAGUUGGAAGAGGUUUUGGGCAGAUGUUAUAUCAGAGACAAAAACAGUGGUAUCAUCUGCGUAUUGUGAAAUUUUGAAUUCCUUUCCAUAUAUGUUGAUUCCUUGAAUAUUUGCAUUAGACCUUAUUGCAUUAGCAAGAAUUUCAGCGCACAGCACAAAUAGGGAGCCGGAAAGAGGGCACCCUUGGCGAACACCUCUUUGUAGUUUAAAGAAGACAGAGGCGUAACCAUUAUUUACUACACAGCUAGAACAGUCAGUGUAAAAGGUUCGGAUCCACUGUAGUAACUGAGGGCCGAAAUUUAAUGCCUCCAAGGUCUUAAAAAGAAAGUUCCAGUCGACGGUGUCAAAAGCUUUUUUAAAGUCCACAAAAAUCGCCAUGCCGGGAAUGUUUUCUAGCUCAGUAAUCUUCAUGAUAUCGUUAAUGAGUCUAAUGUUCUGUCCUAUAUAGCGGCCCUUGACAUAGCCAGUUUGGUCGUCGUUUAUUAAUUUGGGGAGGACUUUAGCGAUUCGAUGGGCUAUAGAUUUGGUUGCUAUUUUAUAGUCGACGUUAAGUAACGUUAGCGGUCUCCAAUGUUCCAAAUACAACCUGUUCUUGCGCUUUUUCGGUAUGACCUUUAUUAUACCUUGUCUUUGUGUUAUGUUGAGUUGUUCUACUUUAUGAGCAUAGUUAAAGCUUUGGACCAUCUCAUCACCAAGUAGAUGCCAGAAGUGCAAAUAGAACUCAACUGAGAGACCGUCGCUGCCCGGACAUUUGUUUUUAGCACACUGUUUAAGAACGGUGAAACACUCGGUUUUCGACAAAGGCUCUUCAAGUUCAUUUAGCUCGUCUUCGUCGAGUUUGACGAGGUUAGGGUCUCCCAGGAAAGCAUCGCGCGCAAUAAUAUCACAGGGAGCGCUCGUAUAUAAAUUUUCAUAAAAUGCUCUCUGCAUUUCCAAAAUCUCUUUUUCGCAAGAAGUUUCCGAGCCAGUACUUGUUUUAAGCCUAGUUAUAUGAGUUUUUGCAAACCUCCUUUUCUCAAGAUUUAAGAAGUAUUUAGUAUUCUUUUCUCCUUUUUCGUGCCAGCGUAUCCUACUUCUAAUCAUUGCACCCUCGGUUUUAUAUUCAGCAAUCUGAUUGAGUUGAGCUCUUAAUUGGUAGAGUUUAGUGAUAUUUUCUUUCGAUCUGUUGGAUUGCAGCAAGGCCAUUAGGUGAUCAAUUUCUUUCUGAAGGUCUCGUUCCUUAUUUCUUUUUUAUUCUGUUUUUCCUUUUUGAGUAUUGUACACAGAAACCUCUAAUCUCCAUCUUGAGCAUGUCCCAGUACAGGCCUUCAUUAGUAAGGUAACAGUGUUUGCUUUUGUAUUCGGGUAUUUUGCUUACGAGCUCGUCAAUGAAAUUUGCGUCUUUCAGCAAAGCGUUAUUAAUUUUCCAAAACCCAGGUCCACGUUUAGCGUAUUCUGUCGAUUGAAGAGUGAAAGUGAUAGCGCUAUGAUCAGAUAUUGUGGGGUUGGUGAUGUUAGUAUCAAUGACAGACAUCAACAAUUCUUUCGACACAAGCCAAUAAUCUAAGCGGCAUUGCACUUUCAAGGAAUUGUUACGCCAUGUAAAUUGUGUUUUGUUGGUAUGUUGAUUUCUCCAAAUGUCAUGAAGUUUAAAACGCCGGGUUAAGCCUUCAAUCUCGUCAAUGACUUUUUGUUUUUUCUGAACAGUAGCACCACCCAUUUUAUCUGUAGGUGUUAAUGGGCAAUUCAUGUCACCUCCCAAGAUGAUUUGUGCAUCUGCAAAUGGUAGGAGAAUGUUAUCAAGAUUGCGAAAGAAAGCUAUCUGGGCGGUAGAGUCAUUUGGCGCGUAAAUGUUGCUAAACAAGAAGGAAGAUUCCAGCACGUUGGCUUUUAAUAGCAAGUAUCGUCCAUUCUUAUCAGCGAAGAUGCUUUCUGUUUCGAAAUCCAGACUCGGUUUAAAUAAUAUCAUCACACCUUUUGAAUGUGUUGUUCCAUGACUGUAAUAAAUUUUCCCUCCCCAUUCUGCUUUCCAUAUUUCUUCGACACUUUUAGAAGAGUAAGUUUCUUGUAAAUAAACAACGUCGAAUUUUUGAUUGUGGAGCCAUCUAAACACCCGCCGUCUCUUUCUAGCUUGAUUUAAACCUCUUACGUUUAAAGAACAAAAGGAGAGUCUAAACGGAGCAGCUGUGAAUUAGCAGCAUAGAAUAUUCUAUCGGUUUCGUUGAGGAAGAUAUUGAAAAACUUUUCGAAUGUGAGCAAUUUCGAAUUGAAAGUGUACUUAAUGUAAAUUAAAUAAUAAACAUUAGUAAUCAGCCUUAACGCAAGCUGAAGGAGUACAAGACUAAGCUGUAGGGAGAUAAAUCUAAGUAUAUCAAAAUAGAUUCUAAACAUGUAAAUAAAAACGGCUAUACAGAAACGCUAAGACACAAAACGCACAGUUACUAGAGCACAAAUUGCUCAAAGUAGGGAAACCUCUUCUUACACCUAAACGGGUUCCCUAUGAACAGUUUAAUGCUAAAUAAGUAGGCGCUAUGAGCGAAGCAACUCUUGGGAGCGCGAAAGGAAUCAAUUAUUUACAACAACUGACUAAUCAUGUACCAUAACUUUACCGUACAGAGGAAGAUCUUUAGUUUCUUUUCCACGAUAAACUUGCCCAUCAAUAAUAAGUUUGUCGACAUUAAAGAAAGCUUUCUUCUUCUGGGCUUUAGCAGCUUUCAGGAUUGGGUAAAGUUUCUUGUGCAUAUCGGCAAUUUCUUUUGGGAAGUCACUGGCAACACCGAUCUUUGAGCCUUUUGGUAAGCUUCUAGCGUAUGAAAAAAUUUGCUCCUUGUCUUGAUAAAAGCUGGCUUUGGCGAUUAUUGGGCGCGGACUCUUAGAUUUGUUGGUUUGAUUAACAGCUCGGGUGUUAGAAAUUCGAUGAACUCUUUCGAAGCUCAUAUUGUUUACGUCUUCUUCAGGUAUUUGAAGCUGUUGUAACAGGACGUUUCUCAACACUUGCUCGGUUUCUGCUGGAGUUUCAUGUGGAGAAUCUCUGACACCGUAAACUCUGAAGUUGCUUCUUCUUGACUGAGCUUCAAGACGUAUGUUGCGACAUACUAAUUUGUCGACUUCAGCCUUCAACUGAUCAUUUUCUUUGCGAAGCGAAGCAGUCGCCUUUUCAGUCGCCGCGGCAGCAUUUUUAAUUUCUUGAAUUUCCUUAGUUGCAGAAUUCAAACUUUCCAUUAGUUGCUUGUUUUCCUCUGUGAGUUUAGCAAUUACUGAUUUUAGGUCAUCAACAGCUGGUUUGAGAAGAAGUAAGCUUUCUAACUUAUUCCUGAUAUCGUCAAGGGCUUUCAGCGUGGCGUCACCCUCGUGGUCGGGAAGCUCCUCGAGGUCGUCGUCAGUUUGUGAACCUUUUUCCCGUAUUCUUUUUGCUCUUCUUCUAGAGGAAACGUCAUUCUUCCCAAGCGAGUCAGUUUUGGCUGCCAUUCGGUAAAAAAUUAAGUGCGCUCCAUGGUUAUAAGCGGAGUUUACAUCGAAAACGACGGAGCGAUAAAAGAAACAACCAUCUUUGACAGCGCCUAAUUAGCUAUAAAACUUCUGUUAUUUGAUAACUUGUCCAUGUAAUAUCCUCUAUUUCUUUAACAAGAUAGAGCGCAUUUUCUAACCAAGUUUUAAUUAAAAUGAACAAACAAGAAUAAGUUGUGGACUGAGAGGAUCAUUUUUGUUUACUUUAUAUACAGAAUGACUACGACAUGGUGGAUUAUUUGAAUGAGCUUAGAGAAGGCUGCUUAGAGGCUUACACUGGAAUUAUCCAAGGGCUAAAGGGUGAAGUACCUGAGGGAACCGUGAAUGGUAAGUACUCCGUGGGCUUCAGUCAUAUAAGGGAGUGUUAAAAAGACUCGGCGCUUCGCGUUGGAUCCCAUCGGCUUAAAACCCCUUGGACACCUAAUGAAUUUACACAACGUACUACCGUAUUAUCCUUAUCGCUUCGGUUUCCCUUGUACUGUAGAUUUAUAGUGUGGACGCGAUAAGGAAUACCAAGAAAAGAGGGAAUACCACGCUGUGUAAACAGCUCGCUCUGGCAUUUGAUCACUUUUAUUUUUACGGUUUUAGACCGAUAAAUUGUCCAAGGGAAAGAAAAAACUUGAACCCAGUUUCACUUUAGACGUCGUUGUGAACAUUGAAGACUGACAUAAAGUGUAAAACGUUUUGUAACAUUAACUUUAAAUCAUUUUUGAUAACAAAACCUCUAUUUCAUUGGCGCAAGUACGCGUACACAAAAUUGUCAUAUGGAUUUCUUAGGAAAGAAUUCUUGACCACCGAUGUGAAGAAAGCAGCACUCGAAUCCAUUUUCGAGUAGGAUUUGGGCUCUUACGGGAUAUUGGACUGUAGUCGCGGAUUUAUGAAUUGUGUUCUUUUUUCUUACAGCGGAUCUCACUGUGCUUAACCACCAUAUUAUGCACAUCAUACAAUUUAUUGAACUCGUAGCAACAGACCAGGACCAUUCUGAAAGCAAUGUGUCUAGUGCGUGCGGUCUUGUAGGGUAAGUGAAGGAUAUUCAUUGUCCUUUAGGCGCCCAGUUAUAGAUGAGGAAGGAGAAAUAAGCUUAAGGUUAUGUUCACAGUAUACCGCAUGGCUCUUACGCCGGCACGAAAACUCUACCGGGUAGAGCCUCUGUUCAUACAUAAGAACGGUGAUUUCGGCGCGAUUUCGGAGCGAAGCUGCUCUGCGCAGAUCUCGAAAGUGGAGAGUCGCAUAUCGGAUAGGUUCUGUGUCACACCAUAGUGUAGUGUAGUGUAGUGUAGUGUAGUGUGAACAGGUGGUUUGGGACCGUAGCAGAAGUGAAUAAGAAGGAACCACGACUGGGAUCCACUAAGACGAAACGGGAAGUAAGCAUUUAGGGGUGAGAACUGGGAAUUAGUUCACCUACCCUCUGGGCCAACCGCUCCGGCACGAUGUUCCGCGUGGGUGAACGACUUUUUCCAGUUCUAUGCCGUUGCUGUUUAUACUUGGCGUGCGAAAACAACCAUUUCUCCGCGCUGCUAGGAACGUUUACUGUUUCAGUGAACUUUAACAGGGUUGAAUUAUAUUUAUAGCUUGCAUUUUAUCAAGCCAAAGAAAACGUAAAAACGCCCCGAAUGGAUUCAAUUGAUAGGCCCCUGACAAAGUUGAUUAGAUGCGGCCUCUGCCAGUUUUUUAAUUAAAAGUUAACUUAUGGAAUUAAAAAAAGAACAAACCAACUAAUAUUGGGAUAACGAAAAUCUAGCACGAAUCUGUAGCUCUUCGAAUGGCGUUGUAAUGACUUCAUGAAUCAUUUUCUCCCUUUACCAGCCAAACGAGAAACGCGCACGGCCGAAUCGUGUGCUUUUUUAUCAAAACAUCAUUCAGACACAAUUUGUUCUUUUACGUUUGAAGUGUCAGUUCACACAAACGUACAAGAAACUUCAAUAAAACAAGCAAAAUGUUUUACCUGGAUUUAAAAUGGGCAGAGCUAUCACCCAGCUAAAGAUAUGCCUUUCCAUAAAGUCUUUUUUCGACUUUUUCUUGUGCUGAUAACAGUUUUUUUCUUGUCCUCAGUUCGCUUGUUGUCAGAAACGCCGUUCAGCUUAAAUUCCCGCCAAAAACGCGGGUUGGCCUUAUGAUUUCCCGCCAAAAUGCGGAGUAUAGCACAGUUAUUUCUUGUGCGACAUUUCACAGUGGCUUACAUAUAGGUGGUGGACGGUCGCGACCACCAUGGGAGGCUGCGAUCCUAUUGGUCAGCACCAAGGAUUACUUGGGGAUAACAUUGGUUAACUUCUCAAAGUUACAAUGCAAUUUUUGUUUCUUUGCAGUGAUAUUUGCUCUGCGUUCGGUGCACAAGUGCAUCCGUAUCUAGAAAAACAAGCUAUAAAUGAACUUUUGCAAGAAGGAAGACGAUCAAAAACUCACAAAACCAAACAAGUCGCCACUUGGGCCACUAAGGAAUUACGCAAGCUCAAGCAACAGCAGGUGAGUUAUAUCGUAAUCUGA